UCGAAGUAGCGAAUCGGUGAUUUUCACCAGUUUUUCCGGACGCACCACGAGUUUCCCGACCACAUGAUAACACAAAACUUGUGUCAAAUCGCUGCUUGUUUGAUUAACUUUGCCCCAUCCAGGGCGCCACAUAGACCCUUAAACUUUUCACCAAAGUGAAAAACACUAAAAACAAUUUUGUCAAUUUAAGCUGUCUGUGAAAUAAACAUAUCGUUGUGCUAGGACUGUUUCAACGAAUUAUUUUGUCGUGUUUUCGGAUUAUUGCAAGAAGCUGAGUCCUGGAGCGAAUCCAUCAACAUCCUUUAACGAUGAUCGUCUGCUCUAAGCAUCCUUUCCAAAAGUGACAGUGUUCCACCAGAAACACAGUUGAAGAUGGUAAAGUCUACUGCCCAGUGUUAUCCGGGCUAAAGCUGACCGAUUCAAUUGCCGAGGGCGCGGAUGCGGUCUCGAACAGUUUCAUAAGCGGAAGGCCGUUCUCCGUCACCAUGUGGAAGGUAUAUAAAAUAAUUGCAUCCAAGAUUCUGCGCCGCCCGUCUGAGAUGCUUUGAAGCAGAGCAAUUAUUUAGAGAUAAAAUAAGACAAUCAAGAUGGCAUCAUCGCACAAGUUCCUGCUGCUCCUCCUGCGGAUGGCCGGUCUGUGGCUUGUGAAUGCAGCAGGAGCGCUCCGCGAACAAAAGUUCGCAAUGGAGCCCCAAGACCAGACGGCCGUGGAAGGGUCCAGGGUGACGCUGCCCUGCAGAGUUAUCGACAAGAGCGGCAUCCUGCAGUGGACCAAGGACGACUUCGGCCUGGGCACGCACAGGAAUCUCAGCGGAUUCGAUCGCUACUCCAUGAUUGGCAGCGAUGAAGAAGGCGACUAUUCCCUGGACAUCUACCCAGUGACGUUGGACGACGACGCCAAAUACCAAUGCCAAGUGUCUCCCGGUCCCCAGGGCCAGCCGGGAAUUCGCAGCCAUUACGCGACGGUGACUGUGCUCGUGCCCCCCGAUCCGCCCAAGAUCGUGCAAGGGGAUUACCUGGUCACGACGGAAGACAGGGAAAUAGAACUGGAGUGCAUAAGUCACGGCGGGAAGCCGGCGGCGGAAAUAACCUGGAUUGAUGGCCUGGGAAACGUCCUAACAGACGGAAUUGAAUAUAUCGUCGAGGAGCUAUCAGACGGCAGGAGAUUCACGGCCAAGUCAAUACUCAAACUGACGCCCAGAAAGGACCACCACAACACCACCUUCACCUGCCAGGCCCAGAACACGGCCGAGCGGACGCACCGGUCCGCCAAACUCAAGCUGGAGGUAAAAUAUGCGCCGAAAGUCACGGUCUCUAUCCUGGCGGGAGCCACGCAGAGCGGAAGGAUUCCUGAGGGGGCGGAGGUCAGACUGGGGUGUCAUGCGGAUGCUAACCCUGCAGACGUCACCUACAGGUGGUUCUUGAACGAUGAACCGUUAAUUGGGGGAUACACCACCGAGAUGGUUAUUCACAACGCGACCAGGAAAUAUCACGACGCUAUUGUCAAAUGCGAAGUGCACAAUGCAGUUGGCAAAAGCGAGGAGAGCGAAACGCUGGAUAUUAGUUACGGUCCCCAGUUUCGCACAAAGCCGCGUUCAGUGCAGGCCGACCUGGGCACAAGCGUAACUCUGACCUGCGACGUGGACGGUAAUCCCCUUCCGGAGAUAUCGUGGUUCGACGAAAAGCACAAACGAAUCAUCCACAACAGCCCCAAUUUAACGUUGCGCGUCGAUCAAGAGACGGCGGGAAGAUAUUUUUGCAAAGCCCACGUUCCCGGAUUUCCUGAAAUCGGUGCGGAUGCAACAAUUUACCUCAAAGGCCCUCCGUCUAUAGUUAGCCACCGCACUCAGUUCGGCAUCGAGGGCGAUAAUGUUCGCGUCGAGUGCACGAUAUUUUCCAUACCGCUGCCAGAGCGAAUCGUCUGGACAUUUAACGGACGAGAGAUCGACAUUCACGACCAAGAUUAUACGAUAUUGGAAGAUCCCUCUCCUGAGGGCAUCAAAUCUACAUUGGUAAUAAGGGAAUCUCAGGAGAAACAUUUUGGCAUGUAUAAUUGCAGCGUCACGAAUCCGUACGGAAGCGACGUCGUUGAAAUUAAUCUGAUGCAACAAAAAAACGUCCCGUCAAUCAUCAUCAUUUUCGGCGUCGCUGCGCUGGUUAUACUCGUCUUUAUUGUGAUUUUGGUCGUUUUCCUGUGCCAGAAACAGAGCAAGAAGAAGCCGCCACCAGAAACUGAUGCCAAUACAAUAGAAAAACAAUGCAAAGAAUCUGACAGAAGUUCCAAUAUCUCCGACUUGAAACUGGAUCUGAGGACGGGCUCUUCAAACAGCAAUGUGCACUGUGACAUGGAUUAUAUUCCCGGGGCGGAGUCCGAAACAGGAAGUGAGUCUGUUAUAACGCGAAUCGGUGUCCCUUUAGCUGGCCCCGUCAAUGUUUCAGGGCAAGAAAUCUACCGCUACUCCGCCGAUUACACCGAACCAAGCUUCCCGCCUAAAGACGGCCAGAACAACAACGGCUACGUGCCAUACGUGGACUACUCGCGGGACUACAACCCCCCGAUGAUGCAGCCCCCCAUCUCGUCCUCGCUGGACCCCGGGCGCGAGAGCCUGCAGUCCACGCGCCUGCAGCUCAACUCGCUGCAGGCGCACCAGGUGUCCGGGCAGAACCUGCCGUUGAACGACCUCUCCGACCUGCACCUGGCGCAGGGCGUGCCCAACGGGGGGCUGCCGGGGCUGGGGCCCAUCGACCCGCGCUUCAGCGCCACCUACGGCAACCCCUACCUGCGCAACCCCAACGUGGGGCUGCCCACCCCCAACACCGCCAACCCGGCGGCCACGCCCGCGCCGCCCCCCUACUCGCGGGACAGCUCCCGGAUAGCUAGUUCUAGUGCUAUGAUGACUGCCAGUGCGAACGUGGCGAACACGGUGGUGGCGAACGGUGCCAACGGGUCGGUGCCCCAGGUGACGCGGCUUCCGAACUCCCCCACGAGUCAAUACAUAGUUCCCAAUUCGAACAUGGCAACGAUCAAGAGAGGUACUAUGGCCACGCACGUAUAGUGCGCUGGGACUUAACGCAAAAGAGAAGACUGAAGCCUGUAUCAAUCGAAAUUUUUCACUACUUGUUUUGGUAGGAUUUUACGCCGAAAUUCGUGUACAUGUCUAGACAAUUAAAUUAAUUGACCGAAUUAUUGAUUAAAACUUAAUCAGAGCGUACAGUACUGCUAGCCUGUUACUCAGCCUCAGUUUGAAUACAAGUGACGUCUCAGAACGGAACAUAUCAUAUUGAUAUCAUUAGCAAUCGGACGAAUUGAAUGAUGCAAUUUUUACGUGCAAUACGCGAAAUUGACUAUUUUUUAUUACUUGUAUUUGAAUAUGGAGACAGGUUUUCAUAUUACCUUAGACUAGUGUACAUAUCAAGGUCAGCAGACGCGUUUUUAACAUGUCAAUUCUUAAAAUCUUUCAAAAUUUCUACGAUUCAGUGUCAUACUACUUGAAAAUUUCGUUGUCUAGAGGGAGAUUAACCUGCCGUUGUGACGAGAAAUAUUAAUCAUCUAUGCGCUUCCAGAUAAUAUGUAAAACAUGUCUGUGUUCGUUUUAUUUCAUUCCAGAUUUUGUUACGUCUUAGGAGAAUUUAUUUUUUUCAUGGUUUCGCUAAAUUGUGAGUAGCUCGGCUUUUUAUGGCACACUGUUAUGAACUAUUGAAAGAAAUAAAUUUGUUAUGAAUGGAAAUUUUAGAUAAAUAUACCAAAGAUAUUUUUUGUAUAUUACUAUAACAAAUGUGUAUAUUUUUAAGUGAGUCCAACGACGCAUCCACUGAUUUUUAUACCGUAUCGUACUUGCAUUUUGUCCUUGGUGCAAUUCAUUUACUCCUUGUACUUAAAUGUAUGCAAUUCGUUGCUUUACUAUUUGCUCAUUUUUUAUUUUGUAUUUACUUGUAUAUUUGUAUAUUUUGCUGUACAUUUUUAAUACCUAUCAAAUUUGAUUACAUAUCAGUUACGUUAUCUUCCAGUCUAAUUUGCAUGUUUUGUGUAAAUGACGUUUUAUCAGUUUGUAGAACGAAUGAGUGAUAUGUUAUAAAGGAUGAUAGAUUUAGCUCAACUUGUACAUAUAGAAUUUUACGACGUUUUCUAUGCUAGAAAACACUGUUACUACUGUGUAUAAAUUUUUUUAAAUCUUAACGAACAGCAAUAUUUAUAAAACUUUGUGAUUGUAAAAUAAAUAUGCCUACUUA